AAAAAAAAAAAAAACAAGCUUUUUGGGGUAGAAGAGACCUGACUUUCCCUCAGGAGGGCCCAGUGGUUUCAAAUUGUGUUGACUGGAUCCCUGUGGUUUCGUGGAAUUGGCUCAGUGGGAGCAAGCAAGUGGGGCUCUGUGGUUGCCCACUUCACUUCAUCCAGAUCAUUUCUACUAUUACAUAUUUUAUUAGGAUUUCUCUUAAUUUUUAUUUUAUGUGUUUUGCAAAACAUUUUUUGUGGAAAAUCACUGCCCUGUUUUACCACUCAAAUUCUGUUCAUCUCAGGCUAAGUUAAUUGUGACUGGACUACCUACCCUCACAUUUCAAAAAGAAGAGCUAUUAGUGAGUUUUGUAGGGUGGCAGGAGAGAUUUGAAGCUUUCUUUCUUGAAAGCCCUUUCUCUUUCCCUCCUUCCCUAUAUCUUUCCUUUUCUCCCCCCACUCAUCUUCUUAGACACAUUUGUUCUGUUUAAGGACCAAAAUUAGUAAGGCUCAGAGCUGCAUAAUCGACUGAUUAAAUUAGUAAUGAGCACUAUAACUUACAGAUGAAACAUUUGUUAAAUUCAUAAUGCUAUCAAAUAAUACAUUUUGAUAACAUUUAAUAAGAUUAUUUUGGGAGACAACCAUAAUCCCAAAAGAUACGGUCCUGAAUGCCAUAAUCUCAAAUGUUGAAAUCCUGAAAAAUCAACAUCCUUAAAGUCUAAAAUCCCCCAAAUCACAAUCCUAAAAGGUCAAAAUCCCAAAAAUGUAUUCUGGAAAAAAUAAUACAUUUUUUAAAAGACACAUAGAUUUUAAAAAGGGGAUUUAUUUGAGAAACAGAUAAAAACAGAAAAAUUCAUAGGCCAUUUUACGCAGUAAAAUAGGCAAUAACAUUUUUGCAAGCAUAGAUACUCAGGUAUACUAACAGUCAUGCAGAUACAACAGUUAAAAGCAGACAAACCAUAUUCAUAAGUCAAAAAGGGAAAUGUAUAAACGCAUAUCACUGUGGUUGGUAAUUGUGUGCACCCAGCUUUAUAACUGCAGUAAUCUGAAAUACCGUGAAAUACCUAAGCCUUGAUGAGAUCGAUAAUCAUCAGUGUGUGUGUGUGUGUGUGUGUGUGUGUGUGUGUGUGUUUCCUAGUGGCCUGAUGUAGACGGUCACAUAAAAAUUUGGACCUUACCAGUAAGUUUUAACGUCUAGAAAGUACUCUGGUAGUGUAAUAGGAGUAAGCAGUAUAUAUAGACUUAAGAAUUAAGCAGGUAAAAGCAGAAUUUUUUACUGUUUUCCAUAGUUAAAGAAUACAUCUGUUUUCAGGGUUGGGAUUGUCUGAGCAUGGUCGUGGUCUGUUUUAGGCCACUGUGCCCUUUUAUAUAUUAUGCUGUUUCUUCGGCCCUCCACUUCCCCAUCCUCCACAAUUUCAUGGUCUUUAUGAUCAUUCAGGCUUCAUCUCUGAAGGCUAAGCAUUCCCUUGUCUCUAGGUCAGAAUGAAUGUCCUCUCAAUUACUCUUAAAGCAUUCUAUGCUAAAAGUGAUGAUGUGUUUACACAGUGUAUUGAAAAUAUUUUGUAUUUGUUUCUUUCCUUCCUGAGGGCCAUACCAUUGGUCCAUUAUCACAUUUCAGUUUAAAUCCCCUCCUUGACAUUCAUAUUCAUGUGGUUUUUUGGUCGUACUUAAAUAUAAGUGAUGAAAUGAAUUUAGCACAUUUCUUAGUUAAUAAUAAGGAUAAUUGUAAUAAUAUUUUAAAAAUUCUCAAUGCCUAUCACAAUGCCUUGUGUAGGUACUGAUAAUACUUAAAUGAACUGCGAAAGGCCCUUUGCUAUAUAUCUGAUUCUGUUGCUGCUUUAAACUACUUUCCACUUCUUGUUUUUUUAAGGAAUAUUUAUGUAAUUUCAUAAUUUUGUGAGUUAGUUGGAAUAUGUUUAAUUAUACCUAUUUUACUGGAUAGAAGAACUUACGUCAGUCUGAGCUACCUGCAUGUUCAAUUAUCAGCAGUUUUAAAAAUGUUUUCUUUUACCGUCAAUAUAAUGCAUGAUGGAAACCACAGCCGAUAGAUUUUAUUCUCUCUUGUGUCAUGCUUGCUUGCUUGCUGAAUCUUAACUAGAGGCAGAGAAACCAUUUAGUGGCAGCCAUUUUAAUAGUCUAGGCACGAGGCACUAAUGUCCUGAACAAGGGGAAUGCCAGAUAGGAGAGAGAAAUGAAUGUAUAGAUGUGUUUAGGAGAGAUCUGUAGGACUUGAUGGUUGAUUGGAUAUGGUUGUGGGAGGGAGGAAGUUGGGUUGUAGUGAAGGGGAGGUAUCAAGGAUGAAUCUCAGGAUUCUGGCUUAAGCAGUUGAGUGAGUGGUGUGUGUUCUCACUGAGAUAGCAAAUAGGAAGACAGGUUUAGGGGAAGGUAAUAGUUUACCUAUAGAUUGGUUGAAUUUGGGGUGCCUGGGGAAAAUCUGAGAGGGAAGAUCUGUGAAGCAGUUUGGAUAUGUUGGGUAAGGCUUAGGAAGGAGGAAAGGGCUGUAAAUACAUAUUUGAUAGUCAUUAGUACACAUGAUUUGAGUUGAAGCUGUAGGAGCGGGUAAGACAGAUGAGGGAGGGAAUAGAUUGCAUACCAUGAGAAAAGAGACCUAGGAGAGACUUUUGAGGAACAUCUUUAUUUUUUUACAGUGGUAGGAGAAGAGCAUCCCACAAAGAAGAAGAAAGAAAUGGAGAAGGAAAAGAAAAUUAAUAGGGAGUAAGAAACCCGGGAGAGUGUAACAAUACAGAAACAGAAGGAAGAGGAUGUUUUCAAAAAGACGGGGGUGUGUUUAGCCACGUCCAAUGGCUUUUACUUUCAUCAGACAGAAUCUUAAUUUUUCUCUCAAGUUCCAUGUAAUAUUUGUUUUAUGGUCAGUUACCAGACUAUUCUUAAAGGAAAAGCUAUACACUUUCAUUGUUUCCAUAGAAUGAAGAAUCAUGAAAUCAUCCACAUUGUUUGAAGUUAUUGUGAGUGCCUCGAAGACCAAGGAACCGUUGAAAUUUCCAAUUUCAGGAAGGAAACCUCGACCUGUCUCCCAGUUGGUUGCACAGCAGGUUACUCAGCAGUUUGUGCCUCCUACACAGUCAAAGAAAGAGAAAAAAGAUAAAGUAGAAAAAGAAAAAAAUGAAAAAGAAACAACUAGCAAAAAGAAUAGCCAUAAGAAAACCAGACCAAGAUUGAAAAAUGUGGAUCGGAGUAGUGCUCAGCAUUUGGAAGUUACAGUUGGAGAUCUGACAGUCAUUAUUACAGACUUUAAGGAGAAAACAAAGUCACCACCUGCAUCUAGUGCUGCUUCUGCAGAUCAACACAGUCAAAGCGGCUCUAGCUCUGAUAACACAGAGAGAGGAAUGUCCAGGUCAUCUUCACCCAGAGGAGAAGCCUCAUCAUUGAAUGGAGAAUCUCAUUAAAGUUUAUUUUCUCCAGUUUCUUAGUCACUUCUGUCCUACCAUGCAAAUACACAGAUUAUGCCAAGAGGUACCACAUUUUCAUGACAAAUACAUUCAUGCACAAUUCAUAAUUUGAGUUUUACAUAAAAUAGAAAUUUGUUAGAAUUUGUUAGAUUUUAUUGCAACUAUGCCUACCAAACAUUUCCAGACUUAACAUUUUGGUCUCUGCAGUUAAGUGCCAUGAAAAUGUGGUUGAAUUAUUCAUUAUGCAGUGUUAUUGGUAAGUGUAUUUUCACUUUUAGUUUAGUGAAUUCUAACACAUAAUUCUUGAAUUCUCUACUAUUGGCAUGUAACGAAUUUAAAUUUUUUAUAACAUAGUGCAAGCUGCCUAAAUAUGUAUUAUUUGAAAAUUGUGAAACAGAUAGUUAUAUGUAUACAAGUCAAAGAUCAACUUAACUAUUGCUGCAACAGGUUUUUCUUAAUGGUUAUCCUCUUAAAUACACCUGCUGGUACUUGGUGUGGUUAAAUAGGAAAAUUGUUAUUAAAUAAAGAAUUUGUAUGAACCUUUGCCAAUGUUUUUGACACGUUUUACUAAUUAUUGUUCCUGAAUUAUGUUUCUGGCUUUAUCCAUAUGUUGAGGUUUUUUUGUUUGCUUAUUUUUCAAAACAUUCAUUUAUUGUAAUGUUUACUAGCAGACUAGUAAACAAUAAAGCAUUGAUUAUUUAGCUUUAUAAUUCAGGUUUAGUGCUAUUGUCAUUGUACACUGGUAUUUUCUGUAUCAUAUAAAACAUUAAAAUUCAAAUAAUUAUAAGCAUUUGGCAAAAACGAGAAAAGAAACUUGCCAUAUUUUACAAGCUGCAAUUUUAGAAAAGCUUUAACUUAAUGAUAGUUUUAUCACUGUUUUCUUGUCCCAAACUUAUCCAGGGCCAUACAUGCAUGAAUCUAAUUAAAACAGAAAUGGGAAUUGUUGCACAGAAAUGGGAAAUAGCUAAUUUUAAAUCAGUCUAAUUGGCCUCUUACUAAAUAUAACAAUUCUUAUGAAAAUCAUAGUACCCUAUUUUCAGACACAACUACCAGUUUACACAUUUCUCAGUAUCCUGAAAGGAAAAAAGUAUAGCCCCACUUAUACUAUGUAAAAUUACCAAUAAAAUAUUUUUAUGACUACAGAUUUUGCCUUUUUGUUUAUGACUAUUAAAGUGUUUUAUUUAGUAUUUAGAAUUUCAACCUGGAAACCACACAGUACUUAAAUUCUCUUGGGGUCUCCUGCUUUCUCUUAACCAUUUGCUUAAUAGAUAUCUACCUAUAGGAGACUUUUGAAUUGUAAAUGGACUUAAAAAUAGAAUGUGGAUACAAAAUAUCACAUAAGACAUCAUGAUAACAUUUGAAGAAAAAAUAAAACUGUAGACCCUAACAGUUGUGAUAUGGUGGUUUCGUGUGGUAAUGUAAUUUUCUGUUUAAUUACAGUACUUUUUACAGGCACAGUGGUACUGUCUUUUUUGUAAGAUGCUAGUUGUGAAAUACAAUUGCAUACAGUAAAAGUCUGUGAUUAAAACAUUUAUAUACCUCA